CCGGAAAGCACAAUCAAUUGACCCUGCGUAUCAGCUGACCGGCCUCCAACUCCGACUUGAGCACCGAGUAGAUCAAGCGAUGUCGUUGCAUGGUGGUCUACGGGAUGAGAAUCACGCAAAUCAUAACGGUAGAAACAGAUCAUCACCUUCGACUCAAAGGCGUUUGAAACAAUUUGGACCGAGAAAUCUGCGCGCCAUCAGAACGGGGACAUGACGUGUUGCAUUGCAACAAAGGAGAGCACGGACGGGUUUCACCAGACGCGGCGGAGGCUGGGUCAGCUCGCAUGGGCGCGUGAUGGCGGUGUUUCGACGAAUCGUUGAUGAUGGUCAGUCGGAUGGGAUUGAACUGCGCUGUCAGCUACGCUGCACAUCAGAACGGGCUCCCAGCCAUAGCCGUCCAGUCGAAUCUCUUGCCUUGUCACGAAUAGCCGACUCAAUAGGCCCAGGCUCCGACAUGAUUCCGCGCGCUGUGCUUGCAAAUGUUCUACCGAGGAUACG